UCUCUCUCUCUCUCUCUCUCUCUCUCGUUUUUUUUUUUAAACGACAAUGCUGGUGAAUGGGUGGACGGUGCCGGUAUUUACCCAGCCGCAUCCGAUCGUUCCGAUCACACAGGUAUCACAGAGGCGGAUGGAAUGCCCCUCUGCUCUUCCUCGUCGUAUCCGCCGCCGAGGUACGACACACGCCGAUUGCUUUUCAUUUCGUUACGUGUCCGCUUCGCAGUCGCACGGUAUAAGCCGGCAUACAUUCCGGCAUCGAUCUCACUCUCCGCCGGUAAAACGAAAGGACGGAUGUCCAUCGAGAGUGAAUCGCGAGCGCAGCUCGAUGAGAAGCGCAUGAAGCUGAAGCCGCGGAGGAGGUGCACCAAUCUUUAAGCCGAUCGGCGAUGUACGUUUCAGUACACAACAGUGGCGUGAUUAGAAGCAGGAGAUGUCGUUCAGGAGAUAGAGCAAUUUAGGAAGUUCCUGAAAAACGAUUUCUCGCAAUUUAAUCUUGCCUCUCCCCCCUCCUCGCCGUCUUUGCAAUGCAAAGAUACAAGAUGACAACAUUACGUUUCGCCGGUAUAAUUUUUGCUUGCUGCAUUGUUUCAGCAAACACAGGUUCGUCUCAGAGUUGUCAGAAUCAAGAUAUGGGAUGGGAAAAAAUUGCUGGAGCCAAACCAGCAAACGCUGUAGAGACUGUAUUGUAUAGAAACGGUGCCAUAGGUAACAACGGUAUCAUCGCAUCUUGCUUUAAUAGAUGUAAAAGUCUGAAUUGCACAGCUUUUGUGGUCGAUUUUGCGAGGAGCAUCUGCUAUAGUGUGCAAGUAAAAAGUGAGGAACUUAUUCCGGAAACAAACGCCACGCUUUUUCAUAAAAUCUGUAUUAAAGUCCCACCGAGCUGCAAACAGCAGAGAUUAUGGCAAAUAGAGAGAACGUUAGGAGCAAUUUUGAAAGAGGGGCAGUCCGGCUGGUUUCAUCAAGCAUUAAAAAGAAGCGAAUGUUAUGAGAAAUGUUUGCAAGCGAGAGACGAAUGUGCAUCCGCCCAAUACCGUACGGGUGAGCCUUUAACACUUGACGAUACCAUUGGUACAUGUUCGCUAUCGAUGCUCGAAAGGGGUACCAGGCCGCAAGCUUACAGAUCGUCGAUGUAUCGGGAUGAAUAUUUACAAGAUCAGUGCCACAACACAUUCAAGAAGAGCUAUUGUUCCUACGCGGAAUUUCGGAACGUAUCAUUGCCAUACUCAGAUGUGGCGUUAUCGGGACUGGACGUGAAACAGUGCGAGGAAAGAUGUGACCGCAGCGAGGAUGGUUUCAUAUGCAGGGCUUAUACCGUCGACUAUUCGGAGAAAAAACCGCUCUGUCUCUUGCACUCCGACGACACAAUCGCUCUUGGAACUAGUUCGCUGGUUGUCAGACCUAACGUAGUCUACAAAGAGCAAGAGCCCUGCCUAAAUCUGAAAGUGGAAUGCGGCGAAUCAACCAUGACAAUCACACUAACCACCAUGGAGCCCUUUAUAGGACGGAUGUACGUGAGUGGACACGGAGACACCUGUGGCGUUAAUGGAAUUGGAAAUAACGUUACAACAUUAAAAUUAUUGCUACCAAAGAAGGAACAAAUCGACAAGCAAGAGAUCCCAUGCGGUCUCACCCCUGCGUUCUCCAUUGACAAAGACAACCGGACGCACAUAUUGGUUUGGGCCAUCAUUGUGAUACAGUAUAAUCCAAUCAUUCAACGAUUGGGAGAUCAGUCGGUGAGAGUCGGAUGCUCCUUAGACGAUAGCAAUCUUCCGGAACCGAGGAAUGUGACCGUUCAAUCGAAAUUCACUUUUAUAGAUCCAAAUGCAGGCGUACCACCGGUUGGAUCAAUUGUAGUGAAUACAUCGACCGAAGUGCCAGUGGUAACAAUGAGAAUUCUCAACGAAGACAAUACAGAUGCGGUCGUUACCCAAUUGGGACAGAAGCUAACACUAAGAAUUGAAAUUCAUCCCGUAAACGGAACUUACGAUAUCGCAGCUGGACACCUUGUAGCUAGUAGCGCAUCUGGGGAAUCUUCAUAUCUUCUUCUCGACGAAGUUGGAUGUCCAACGGAUCCGGCAACCUUUCCUGCACUGUUAAAGGAUCCGAUAGAUAACCGUUCUUUGAUCUCAACGUUUACUGCCUUCAAAUUUCCUGAUAGUCAAAUUGUUCGGUUUAAUGUCAUCGUUCGGUUUUGUGUUGAAGAAUGUGAACCGGCCACAUGUAGAGGAGGACAGAUCUCGUAUGGCAGAAGGAGACGAUCGAUCGAGCAGCCAGUCGUCGCCGAGGUAACAGAAAUUUUCAGAAACCUCACACCUGCAGAAUUAUCAUUACAGCUAUCUAUCGUCGUUCAAAGCCCAAUGAUAACGGCCGAUCAUUUAUCCAGAGAAAAUCCUGAUACGCUUUUGAUCACCGAUGGAAACGGUCUCUUCUGUAUGGAUCCCGCUCUGGCUUUGGGGCUUCUGAUUGUUUGGCUAAUAAUCCAGAUUUUACUCACUGUCGGCUGCAUUUUAGCGGUUGGUCGCUAUAGGAGGAUGGCCGUAGAAGCCGAAGAGGACAGAGCUGAUAUAUUGGCAGCGCAUCUUUACGGGAUUCACAGAGGAAACUUCGAAACACGAAGGGUCAGAUGGGCCGAUCGAAAUGAUUCUCCAAUCGGAUAAUAGAUUUUUUUCUCAAGUGAAAAUAGAUUUU